GCUAAGUCUGCUACUAUAAAGCUUGGGCUCUCGUAGUGAUUAGUACAAAGAUUGUUUGGAAGAUGAACAGAAAUUAAUCAAGAGCUGAAGACAAGUGGUGCCACAUGGGCAGUCAUGAGGAACAUCUCUUUGUGGGGAUUGUGGAGAAACAAGAAGAAUGUUAAUCUGCGAAUGUGUGUCAAGUUUUUAUGUCAAGAGUUCAUCAUGUGCUAAGAGUGAACUGAUGUAAGGGUACUGAAAAGGACAAGAACGAGCUGAGGAAAACCUUCAGUCUAUGAGAAAGGAAAGAGAAAAGACAAUAGAAAUCACAGCUCAGAGAUGGAGGACUUGAACACAGAGGGCCCUAGCAUACAUGAGCUGAAUACAGAGAUUGGGGACCUCCUGCUCCAAUUCCACAAAGUGAUAACUGGACUGGGUCUAAGGAUCAAACAGAAAGUCGUGCAGACUGCCAGUGUCCUGUGUAUGCUUCAGCUGCUGAUAUUUGUGGCCAUUUUUCUCUAUGUCAGUUUCUAUUACACUUUCAUGCCCACCGCAAGCUUCGUCACUCCUGUGCACUUCUAUUACAGAACGGUCUCGGACUCUGUCUGUUCCUUUCCUGUGGCCAACUUCUCACUGCUAAACAACGGCAAGAAACAGGUAAUGACACCUGGUCAGCCCUAUCAGAUCACACUGGACCUGGAAAUGCCAGAGUCUCCAACAAACAUGGAAUUGGGGAUGUUCCUGGUGAAGAUAUCAUGUUACUCCUAUGAUGGACAGACUGUUCAUGCUUCAAAGCAAGCUACAAUGCUUCACUAUCGCUCCUACCUGCUGCAGACUCUGGAGACUCUGACGUUGCUUCCUUUGAUGCUGAUGGGAGUAAUUGAGCAGAAGCAGCAUGUCCCAGUCGAGCUUUACUCUUCUUAUGUAGACAGCUCAUAUAAGCCUACCGUUGGAGCUGUUAUAGAAAUCCACUCUCAGCAAGUUCAGAUUUACAAAGCCCAGCUCUACAUUCAUGCUCACUUCAGUGGCAUCAGGUAUGUCCUCUAUCACUUCCCCUUCACAUCAGCUGUGGUGGGAGUGAUGAGUAACUUCAUGUUCCUCAGUAUGAUCAUCCUCAUUGGCUUUGUGCAGAACAGCAGCUUGUGGCCACAUCUACGUUUUGGAAAAUGGAAUAAACCUAGAGAGAGGAGAGAAGAUAUACUAGAAGAUACAUAUCAGUGUGAGAGGAACACACACUCUGAGGAAAACUGCACAGGCACAAAAACACAUUUGUUGGAUCCAUCUGAAAUAAGAUCAAGUGACAUCAUGGAUUCCAGUUCUGACAAGAUGGAAGAGUCCAUUUUUGACACAGAAGUGAAGGAAAUGGUUAAGACCAAAUUACUUUAAAGACCUUUAUGAUUAACAGGUUUCAUCUGAAGCAGUGGAUGGAUAGAUUGAUUUGAAACAUAGAUUUUUGCCUGAUGGAUUGUCAGUUUAAGCUCCUAAAACCAAACAGACGGAGAGGUUUAAAUAAUAAGGGUAAAGGUUAUGAGCAGCAAAGGGAAAAGCAAGCUGGAGUUUCAAAGUGUGAGUUUCAGUCAUCUAAAAAGUGUGAACACUGGGCCUCAUUUAUCAAGCUGGAUAUGAGUGAAUUUAUUUGUAAAUCGUUCGUAUGCACAUUUACAGAAGAAAUUUGGUAUUCAUGAAAAUCCUAUUAGUUCAGUAAAAUGUUUAUCCUAUGAGAGUUCCUGAGUUUGCAUAAAUUUUUUAUUAAUAUAUAUAUAAAAUAACUAAUAUUUUUAUUGGUGUAGACAUAAAUACAAAAUCUGCUUCUGAGAAAUUCCUUUCCGAUUUUGUCAUCAUUCCGGCUUUCAGUUCUCUGUAAGCUUUACCUUUUGGGGUUUUGUGGGCAAAUGACUGUUCAUGCAAAUGAACUGUUGCGUGCAUGUGUUUUGCACAUCACAGGUGAUUGACAUCAUCCACGUGAGUAUGAAUAGAAUCAGAGUUACUGCAUUAACUUUUGUAAAUUUGGCAAAAAUGUGUAGUUUGGUGUGGCCUAGGAAAACACACACAUGACUUUACUGAAAGAUUGAUAAAUGAAGCCCAGUGUGUGCAUGAAUGAAUUAGAAAUAAAUUUGUUCCUUAUUUAAGUUGAUUGCCAAAAUGCUCUCAUUUGUCACACUUAUUAGCCAAUGUAUACAACAUGCAAAUCAUUGUAAAAAUGGAGAAAAAAAAGUUAAACUGUAAAACAGGAAAUUUUGUUUGUGUGUUUGUGCAAAAUAAGGUUUGCAUGUAUUUACAUGUCCUCUCUUUGUGCUGAAAAAAAACAUGGAAAGACAUGGAUGAACAUGCGUUGGCUCUUUGAAUAACUACAGCCCUUUUAUUUUAUUGUAUUGUAUUUUUUCUUUAGUAAAAGUACACUUUCAGUGAUUUUAGUCCCUCAAAUGGACAAAUACUCAAAAACAAAUCAUUAACAACUAUAUUAAAACCUCAGGGAGUAUGAUAUAU